GAUAAACAGAUUCUCUACAGUUCUUCAGUAAUACUAGGGCAAUGAACAACACAAUGAACAGAAGCAAAAUACAAUGGCUAUAUGAUGCCUGUAAUCUAAUAUUCACACAAGAGGAGCCUCCAACCUUCCAAAAAAUUCAAUGGCUAAAAAAACUCAUAGAUACCAUGGAAGCCAUAGAUGUAGGCAUUGAUGAAUUCAAAACAGAUGAAUCUCUGACAAGAUGGGCUAGGAAAUCUAGUGUGGAGGAUUGUGAGGGAUUGAUUUGUGGGCAAGGAGUCUCAGAAAUUACCUACAUUCACAUCUAUGAAAGCAACUUCUUUUCGAUCGGCGUGUUCUGCUUCCCGGCCGGAGCAAAACUACCUCUUCAUGAUCACCCAAGCAUGACAGUGCUAAGCAAACUUCUGUAUGGUUCUGUCUAUGUUAAAGCAUAUGACUGGGUCAAGGUGGAGAAGUCCAACUAUAGAACAGUGGGAUUAGCAGCUAAAGUUAUAGAUGGCAUUAUCAAAGCUCCAAGUGAAGCAACAGUUCUGUUCCCUAAGAAUGGAGGAAACAUACACUCUUUCACUGCCUUGACUCCUUGUGCCAUUUUAGAUGUAUUGUCACCACCAUACUCCGACGACUUGGGGCGGCCAUCGACUUAUUUUUCGGAGAUUUUCGUUCCAUCUCUUCGUGGUUAUGCAAUAUUGGAGGAGAGAGAUUUACCAGAUGAUCUAGUUGUUACCGGGGCACCGUAUCUUGGUCCAAGACUCAUUACCAGUGAUGACAGUGAUGAGUUUUCUUGAAGAACAAGUGAAGUCUGUGGCUUCUUUUACUGUAAAUCUUCUGUAUAUUCAAAAGCAUGGAAGGUAUAAUAACAGAGACUUCAAUAGUCAUUGAAAGGCUCAAAUCACUACUUCAAGUGGCCUUGAGGCAUAAGUUUAACCAGGACAAGAUGGGUUUAUGGCUUUAGGUCCAAAUGAAACCCAUGAAUCAAAUGAAAAUGAUCCCUUCCUUAGCCUCAGGCUAUGUUUGUAGAAAUUGUACUUUGUGCUGGUUUAAAAAUUUCUCUUUAUGCUUGGUAUGUCAUCAUUUAAGAGAAGAUUUAGUUUUUGAAUUUUAAAAUUCCCCUUAGGAAUUAUGAAA